UCUCUGUCUACCUGACUUCAUGCUUGUCUACAAGCAAGAGACUAGCCAGGUCCAGUUGCAUUUGUGAGCUACUGCUGGCAAGAAGAUUCCCCUAGAAGGACCAACCGACCAAGCGCGUGGCCAUGUGGCGGCUAUGGAUCCUUCCCUUGGCUGCCUCUUUUCUCCUGCCUGAAACUGGGGAGGUGGUGAACAGUUUCAGCAGCUGCAAUCAGUUUUUCUUGGGUGGAAACCCCCCCAAUCUGAGGCCGAUGAAUCCAGCCAGAAUCUGUCAGUUUUAUUGGGGCAAGUAUCGAUUUGCCACAAUGUACAACAUAAGUGGGCGCAUCCCUCUAUUCUCGGCGUAUAAAUAUCAACCUGAUGGGAUGGGAAGAAGAAAUGACUGGAAGAUCGAACCACAGCUUGCACUCCCCGGAGAGCGUACACGAAGAAGCAUGGAACUGGAAAAGACAUGCAAAAUUGACCCGAAGCUCCUUGAAAAAAGCCAGGCCGUAUCCAAGGAUUACAAACAAUCUACUAUGUAUGACAAAGGACACUUGCUGCCUGUGUCCCACCAACCUGACCAGGAUAGCAAAGCCGCAACCUUCACCUUAACCAACAUCAUGCCCCAGUUUUACCAACUCAAUAGAGGAAAAUGGGCAGAAUAUGAAAGAAAUAUGAAAAAAUAUACUACAGGGUGCCGUGAAACAUAUGUCCUUGUGGGUGUGGUGGCAGGGGAUAAACUCCUCAAUAAGAGAGUGACUAUACCCAGUCAUAUUUGGGCUGCAGCUUGUUGUGUGUCUCAAGACAAUCAGAGAAGAUCUUGGGCUGUCGUUGCUAGAAAUAGUGAGAAUGAGGUGUACCCGGGAACUCUGCGACAGCUGGAAACAUUCCUUGGGAAAUGUUACGGAAAGAAGAACAUUAAUCUUUUCAACGGUGCUUGUUAUUCAAGGGAUAUUCCCGGAGCAAAUACAAUCAGACGACAAACCUAGCCGUUUACUUGUUCAACAUAGGGAAUGAACACAGUUAAUUAUAAUCCUGGUUUGUUCUGUCUUGCUCAAAGUUGUGAAAAUCCAGGCUGUUUGCCCUAGAACAGGGGUAGGCAACAUUGGCUCUUUUAUGACUCGUGGACUUCAACUCCCAG